GAGGUGGAGGAGGAGGAGAAGAAGAAGAAGAGAAGGGAAAGGUUCAAGCAGCGUCGUUGGCGGUCGUGGAAGGAGAUCAUCGUCAAAGGGACUCGGAAGAUCCAAGGGCGGGCUGCGCGCUAAUAGACACCGUGGACGUAUUAUGCGUCGACUCAGCAUGAAGAACAAACGCAGAAAGUCGGAGACGGAGGGCGACAGCGAGUCGGAAGAAAAUGUCGGCGCACGCGCGACCAACGACAACGCUGGUAACGGCGAGACGCAGACCGGUAGGAACAGCAACGCGCAGAAGAACGCGACGAAGAGACGCUCGGCGCGCGGCGCCCCGGCGCCAAAACCAACGACGGAUGGCGACGUUGAAGCCGAGGACGAGGCAUCGGAGGACGUUGACGGUGCUGAAAUGAAGGCGGAGUCGCAGGAGCGGGAGAACGGUGAAAAGACCCCUACUACGAAACUCUCUCCAAAUAAACGCAGAAAGAAAGAGGAUCAGAAAGCAUCUACUUCUGCCCAGGACAAGUCUGACAAAUCUGACAAACCCGAGGACAACGAGUAUGAGGUAGAAGACCUUAUUAAUCUGCGUACUGUUAAAGGUCGUCGGCAAUUUUUGGUAAGAUGGAAGGGUUAUGGUGAAUCUGCGGACUCUUGGGAAAAUGAAAAGGAUUUGAAUUGUCCCGAAUUGAUAGAAGAUUAUUUAGCGAAGGAAAAAGAAAAGGAGAAAGAAAUAAAAUCGUCGAAAACAGAUAAAUCGCCAAAAUCUAAAAAGUCUAGAAGUAGUCCUAAGAAACAAACAGAAAAUGAUGAAGAAAAUACAGAUAAAGACAGCUCAAAGGAAUUUGAAGUCGAAAAAAUAAUCGAAGUACAUUUUAAGAAAAAUGGCACAAAAGAAUUCUUAAUUAGAUGGAAAGGAUUCAGUCCAGCGGACGACACGUGGGAACCAGAGAAGAAUCUGAAUUGUCCAGAACUUAUUACCAAGUUUAUGCAGAAGCUGGAAAAAGUAAAAACUUCCGAAGUACGAGAACUCAGGAUGAAUCGAGCACAUACUAAGCGAUACACAUUAACGACACGUGAUAGAGGAAGAAGAUUGUCAAAACGUAAUAUAGAUAAACAGAGACCGACUUAUCACGAAUGCGAUGAAUGAAGAACAUUGCAGUCCCAAUAUCUUUAUUUUAUUCAAAGAAUUUACACAUAUAUAUAAUAUAUAUA